AUAUUUUCUUUAUAGCAAGACCAGUUGUUUCCAUUGGAGAGAGAGAGAGAGAGAGAGAGUCUCAUUUCCAUCUCUCCCUUAACAUCAGCCUCCUGUUUCAUCAGCUUUGGUGGGCCAUGGCAACAGUUCUUCUUGCAAUCUGAAAACCCAAUAGGAGGAAAAGAAAACAAAGUCUUCAAACUAUCUGUUCUUCGAUUAUCCUUCUUUUACAUCAGCCGUCCAUUUUCAUAUUCCACAUUCCUUCUUCUACAUCGGCCACCCAUUUUUUCUCUUGUUAUCCAUGGCAGCAGAUCCUUUUCAUAUCCGAUCAAAAUGAAGAAAACCCAAUAAGGGAAAAAAGAGAAAAGAAGCCCCCUAUCUCUUCUAACCCAUUGCUUGCUCUAUAUCAGCCGUCCAUUUUCAUCUCCGGUGGGCCAUGGAAAGAGUUCCUUUCCAUUUCUUAUCCAAAUGAAGAAAACCCAAUAAGAGGAUAAAGAGAAAAUAGCCCCCAAAUCUCUUCUUCCCCAUUCCUUGAUCUAUAUCAGCCAUCCAUUUUCAUCACUGGUGGGCCAUUGCAGGAGUUCUUUUCCAUUUCUGAUCAAAAUGAAGAAAACCCAAUAACGGGCGAGGAAAAAAAAAAAGAAAAAAAGAGGGCCCACCCAUCUCUUCUUCCCCAUUUCUUCUUCCUACAUUCAAGCCAUCCAUUUCCACCUGCAGCGGGCCAUGGCAGCUGCCCUGGAAUGCUGGUCUAGCCGGGCCAGCACCGACGAAGACAUGGUCGAACAAGUCCUCAUGAAAACCCAAUCCAGAUCAGAAGUCUUCCCCACCAGCACAACAGCAACAUCUCCACCUUCCAAAGACCCUGCUUCUUCCUCGUCCUCGUCGUCGUCAUCCAAAUGGCACCGCUUUGGCCGUAACGUCGCUGAGGCGAUCACCAAUCUGAAGAAUUCCCUCAAUCUUGAUACGGCCAGGGAUCCAACGGCCAGGAUCGACAGCUGCAGGAAGCUCAUCUGGGGCGGCGUUGUCCGCAAUCUCACCCAGCUCUACCCUGGCAGCCAGCUUCCUGAGAAGCUCAUUUCUAACAUCCGCAAGCAUUUCGAUUCUCUGCCGCUCAGCUAUGCUCAGGCGGGUUUUGAUAUGAAGGAUGUUUUCCUCCAUAUUCGAUUGAUCGAACAGGCAUUGGCAGAUGACCGGCCGGCCAUCUUGAUACAAGAUGUGUCAGAUAAUGAGAUGCAGGAGGGAGCUGUUUUCAAGCUGACGUUUGCCUGCAAUUCGGCAAUCUCAUGGCCCGCCUUGUCGGGUGCGCUCGAUAAUGUGGCCAUCUGUUGCAAGAAGAUUCAGAUCUUUGAAAGGAAGGGCUCCACGCUGGGGAUUGUUUUGGUUCUGGUCCAAACAGGGCAGGAGAAAUUGUUCAAGGCCAGGAUUGAGAAUGCAUUGAAAUCAGCUUUGAAGAAGCCAAAGGCAGCUGCUAUGAAGCUCCCUUUUGGCCUCUGUGGCUGCCAAGAAGAGAACGCCGGAGGCCGAUGUGAAAUUGAGAUUGAAGAUGACGGGCAGGGUCGUGAAAGUACACCGGACGGAGGGAUGCAUGUCUUCCGUCUUCAGGUCCCCCUCCCUGCUUCUUCGUUCAUUGUCUCUGUAGAUGAGUGGCAGACAGUCCGAUCAGGCGGGGAUGAGAUUGGAAAAUGGCUCUUGAACUCUGAUCAUGUAGAAUUUACAGACCCAACUGGACCCAAUUCAUUCAAGGGCGUUUACAAGGGCAAACGGGUUGCAAUCGAAAAGAUUCGAGGAUGUGAAAGGGGGACUGCCUAUGAGAUUGAGCUCAGGAGGGACCUGUUGGAGCUGAUGAGCUGCGGGCACAAGAACAUCCUGCAAUUCCAUGGCAUCUGCAUAGAUGAGAACCAUGGGCUGUGCGUUGUGACCAAGAUGAUGGAGGGUGGGUCGGUCCAUGAUCUGAUGCAGAAGAACAAGAAGAUCCCAAUCAAGGAGGUGAUACGGAUUGCCGUGGAUGUUGCGGAAGGCAUCAUGUUCAUGAAUGAUCAUGGGGUCGCCUAUAGGGACCUCAACACUCAGCGGAUUCUGUUGGAUCGGCAAGGGAAUGCUUGCAUUGGCGACAUGGGUGUUGUCGCCACCUGCAAGAGUGCCGGUGAGGUGAUGGAGUAUGAGACAGCUGGAUAUCAAUGGCUAGCGCCGGAGAUAAUUGCUGGCGAUCCGGAGAGCGUGACAGAGACAUGGAUGAGCAAUGUUUAUAGUUUCGGUAUGGUAGUUUGGGAGAUGGUGACAGGGGAGGCAGCGUAUGCCGCAUACUCACCAGUUCAGGCAGCCGUGGGGAUCGCCGCUUGCGGACUGAGGCCUGAUAUACCCAAGGACUGCCCGCAAGUACUGAAGACGUUGAUGACGAAGUGUUGGAACAGUUGCCCAUCCAAGCGGCCUCAAUUUUCUGAAAUUAUUGCGAUUUUGCUGCGUCCAAAUAGCAGGUGAAAAUUAGUUACCAGCUCUGAUACCAUGUAAAAGCAUCGUUUUGAUAGUCUUGCCUAUAUGUAGAUUCAAGAUCGGUGUUUUUUUUGUUUUUUUGUUUUUUUUUUUUUUUUGCAUAAUUGGAGUCCUUAACCUUUGUUGGAAAGGAAAUGUUGUGAAACACCCAUGGCCAACCUUUGCUAUGUGUGAAUCUUAUGACCAACUAUUGGAUAGGAUUGUGAUGGCCCUACUUGCGAAAUAUCUAUCAUUAUCUUUUUCGGCGUGAUUGGCCCCAUCUGUGAAGCACCUACAGAUAAGAUUACCAUAUGUAAACCUUAUUACCAAUGAUGUGAGUUGGAUUGGGAUGGGCCCACUUGAGAAACACCUA